UUACUGCCAGUUUUACUAUUAAUAUGCCCAAGUCCGUUAGGCCCCACAACAUGACAAAAGCCGCCGGUUACAUAGGGGCAUAAACUUGGACUAGGGCAUAAAAUAAUUCUUUAUUGAAAAUAUGAUAAAUAUAGAAGCUGAUGAAGAUUGAAUAAAACAAAAUUAUGGCUAUUUAUAAAAAAUAUAAAUAGGUACCUAAAACCAACCCUGGCCUCUUGGCAAGGUGCCCAUCUCGCAAAGCCGGUUAAGUACUUGAUUUCUGAAUAAUAACUACAUUUUAUUUAUUAAGAACAGUGUCCCUUCUAAAAUCUACGAAAAAAAAAAUUAAAACUUAAAAAAUAUAUUUUAAUUUAUUUAUAUCUUAAAACGUUAUCUUCCGCAAAAUAAUCUCUACCGCGAUGUAAAUUAUGUUACAGCGAUACCAUCGACACGAUGGCGUGCUGCGUCGCGGGACUCGCGAGGCAGUUCACAAAAUCACAACGCCUUAGACUUCAGACCUAACUUUCCGAACUACACUAUAAACAUACAACUAUAUCCCAAUAAACUUGACCUCGAAACUCCCCAAGUUUUAAGUGGAGAAACAAUAAGGUGAGGUAUUUGGCAUUUCAUGAUGGACCCGCGUUACGGCCAUGUCGAGUGACUAAUGACUGUACACGCAACGUCUGCGAUAAAUAAUAAUAUACAUACUUGUUGGUACUUCGGAAUUACGAGUCAUCGUGAACAAAACUUGCGUGAAAUACCUAUUCAAAUAUGUAAAUAACCAGGGGUUUUAGUUAAAAUAUUGCUGCGCAUUUUGACGAAUUCAGACACUUAAUAAUGCUAUAUUUCAUUAAGGAAUAAAGUGUAUUUCGGUUAAACAUUUAACUGUAGAUUCUUAGGGUUCUGGAUUACUCAGGAAGUAAUCUGUUUUCGAUUAGCAUCCACCACUUAAGUAUUGUAACGAAAUAUAGCAGUGACCUGCUUUUGUGCAAAGAGUUAAAUACUUAUAUUAGGCGACGGCGGCGGUGGGGUUGCGUGGCGCGCCGCCCGCCCAGGUAGCGUCCGAGCGGGCAGUCUGAACCUCGCGGGCCAGUCGGAGCCGCGCGCCCUCCGCGCUCGCUCGCGGCCCGCCACCUCCACACAUGGCCCGCACGCCGGUCUAACCUCUCCUCUGUUAUGGACAAGCGCGGCGCCAGCGCCCGGGACAUCCCGAGCAUUCUCAAGAAGCCCAAGGGCCGUCGCAAGGGGGACCUGCUCGACAAAAGCUCUAAGAUCAAGCGGGAGAAGGUGGAGGGCCCAAAGGGCGAGGAUGUGAGCGCUCCCCUGCCGCAGGGCUGCACGCCUCUCAUGUACGCCUGCCAGCAGGCCGACUACAAGGCAGUCGUCGACGCUAUCAACAAAGACGCCGCAUCAGUCCGCGUCCGUGACCGCGGGCUCCGCUGCGCGCUGCAUUACUGCGCAUCGAGCGGCGCUGGCGCGAGCCAGGCGGCGCGCGCCGCGUGCGCCGACCGCGUGCUCAUGGCCGCCCCAGCCCUGGCUGACGCAAGAGACGCCGACGGCCUGACGCCGCUGCAUCUGGCGGUGGUGCAUGGGAAUGUACCGCUCGUGCAGACGUUGCUGGCGGCCGGCGCUGAUGUAAAUGCGAGGGAUGAUGAGCAUCACACUGUUGUUCAUUGGGCUACUGGUAAGGAAACUUUGAUCUUAUGAUGGCGGUUCUGUGCUGGUUUUCUUCUAAUUUUACUGUUACGUUACUUAGCUUCGAAUCUUCACUCUCAUUUGGAAGUCGUUGACUCUCGUCUCAAUUGAAUCGUUGAAUCUGACCCUAGCAAAUUUGGAAGUCGUUGACUCUCUAAUUAUUGUAUUACUCCCUCUACUCUCGGUCAUUUGGCUGUUCCGAGUGGUAAGGUACACCUUCAUGGUGCCUACCGAUGAUACGCUCAACAUGAUCAAACUUACAUCGCUACACCUUAUUGUGGUUAAUGAUUGGGCACCAAAACGCCGAUGACUCGAGCAUAUACUACAAGGGCUAAUGAGCGUCAUUUGCUGGACACGUAGAACCCAAGACAUAGAGUUCAAGACUACCGUGAAGGUGAUCAUUUUAAGAAAUCACAACUCAGUUCCCAUUUUUCUCCGACAACAUUUAGUCUAGGAGUUAACUAAGCAUAAGCAACCUGUAAACAAAACUCUAAAAGAAACCUCAAGAAAUAGUAUAAGUUCACUCCUUUCCUCCAUUGUUAGUAGGUACCUAUGUGUUCAACUCUUGUCCUGAAAUACUUAUGUGGCUCCUACAAGUCCUACAUUACCUCGAGCCAUAUAGAACUAUAAUCUGCCUCACCAAGCAUAACAACUGCAACAGCCAUUGAAAAACCAGUUUGAAUUUGGAAUGUAUUGCACUAAAACACGGUUAACAAUGGAAUGAGUUUUCCAAUGGCUGUUACGGCCGUUAUGCAUGGUUACAGAGGCUUAGAGCGAUAAUGUCUGAGUGAGUCGUUAUCUGGCCGGUGUCACUCGGUGGGCGCGGCUCACUAUCUUCGCUCGUACUGCGAGCUUGCACGCGACCAAUUAGUUACGAUCGUAACCCGCUUGGUUGUAUAUGCGUCAAUCACAGUUGUUGAUUGUAUUGUGCUAUCAAUUGAAUUGAGUUCAGUACCGUUUUCUUCACGUUUAAUUCACACCUUAGAUUACUAGCAUAUAAUUAUUACUUACUUAAAAAACACUUGGUAUGCAAUGUUUUUCACUACUUGCUCUUGCCUUCAUUUUCUGCAUAAACAAGCUAUAGA